AUGGGAGCUGGUGGCCGGAUGACAGCCACCAACGGUAAGCAGGAAGGGAAGGAAAGUCCUGUCCAGCGUGCACCUUAUACGAAGCCUCCCUUCACUCUUAGCCAAAUCAAGAAAGCCAUUCCUCCUCACUGCUUCCAACGCUCCCUCGUCCAGUCGUUCUCCUAUGUUGUUUAUGACCUUAUCUUGGUGUCCCUCUUCUACUACAUUGCCUCCAAUUACUUCCUUCUCCUCUCUUAUCCACUCCCCUACUUAGCGUGGCCCGUUUACUGGAUUUUCCAGGGCUGUGUUCUCACCGGUGUCUGGGUUAUCGCCCACGAGUGUGGUCACCAUGCAUUUAGUGACUACCAAUGGGUGGAUGAUACUGUUGGGCUGAUCCUCCACUCAGCCCUUUUAGUCCCUUACUUCUCGUGGAAGUACAGUCACCGCCGCCACCACUCGAACACCGGUUCUCUCGAACGCGACGAGGUAUUCGUCCCAAAAACCAAGUCCAAAACCUCAUGGUUUGCCAAAUACUUGAACAACCCUCCAGGGAGAGCUCUUACCCUUUUAGUCACACUCACUCUGGGAUGGCCUUUGUACCUAACCUUCAAUGUGUCAGGCAGGCCUUAUGAUCGUUUCGCGUGCCAUUUCGAUCCCCAUGGCCCCAUCUACUCAGAUCGCGAGAGGAUCCAAAUUUACAUUUCCGACUCUGGCAUCUUCACCGCGAUAUACGUUCUCUACCGGGUCGCGAUGGCUAAAGGAGUAGCUUGGCUCGUAUGCAUCUACGGAGUUCCAUUACUUAUCGUCAACGGCUUCCUCGUCUUGAUCACAUACUUGCAGCACACGCAUCCGGCUUUGCCACACUACGACUCUUCGGAGUGGGACUGGCUGAGGGGGGCUCUGGCGACUGCAGACAGAGAUUAUGGUGUGUUGAAUAAGGUUUUCCAUAACAUUACAGAUACACAUGUAGCUCACCAUCUCUUCUCCACCAUGCCACAUUACCAUGCUAUGGAGGCAACCAAAGCGAUCAAGCCAAUAUUGGGUGAGUAUUACCAGUUUGAUGGCACCCCAUUUUACAAGGCAAUGUGGAGGGAGGCUAAAGAGUGUCUUUACGUCGAGCCCGACGAGGGUUCUCCGGCGAAAGGCGUUUUCUGGUAUCGGAAUAAAAUCUGAAAUGGCUAUGGAUGGUUGAGUUUAAAUAAUAUGCAGUGUUAUAUGGUAGUUGUACUCUUAGCAAUAUUUCCAGUGGU